CAUGCGCGGAAGGGGCGUGGCCGCCUCGCGUCACGUGGGCGGAGGGGCGGGGCAAGAGGCGGUUGCGGCGUGAGGCGAGCGGAGCAGCCCCCCCCCAUGGCGGAGCAGAUCCAGAAGAAGCUGCAGGGAGAGCUGGAGAAAUACCAGCAGCUCCAGAAGGACCUGAGCCGGUCGGUGACGGCGCGCCAAAAACUGGAGGCGCAGCUGACGGAAAACAACAUCGUCAAAGAGGAACUGGAGCUGCUGGAUUCCACCAACACCAUUUUUAAGCUGAUGGGGCCGGUGCUGGUGAAACAGGAGAUGGAAGAAGCCAAAACCACCGUCAGCAAACGCCUGGAUUACAUCACCGGCGAGAUCAAGCGAUACGAGCAGCAGAUGCAGGAGCUGGAGCGACGCUCGGAGCAGCAGCGGGAGACGCUGGGGCGGCUGCAGCAGGAGCUCCAGCGGGCGCAAGGGAAAGCCUGAACAUUUUGGGGGGGGGUGUCCCCUCGGCCCCCCCCCCCGCACCCCAAAACCCUCUUCAAUCCCAUUAAACCCCCCCCCAAAAAAAUACGCAU